UCCUGGCGAUUUCAUUGUCACUGAAAUUGAUAAAAAUGGAGAACUAGUAACAAUAAACAAAGACUGUCCUAUACUGGAUCCACCCGUUGACAACCAAACUUCAAACGAACAAGUGUCUCCUGAGCCUCCCCCUCCUCCAGUAGAAGAAGAUACUGAUGAUGAAGAAGAUGACGAUGAUUUUAAUCCACUGGCAGAGAAGCAGAUGUUAGAGUUAAGUGAUCUGUCAAGAAAGUUUGAGGAGAUGUCUGAUGCUCAGUCUUCAAUUUUAUUUGAAACAGUUGACUUAGGUUGUUAUGAUAGCAAGAAGGUUCGUUCUCGUAUACACAAAUCAGUUAAAGAUAAUUUUCCUUUACUAAUAACACGGACUAUACACAAUGAUGAA